AAACCACAGUGUCUUUUCCACGGUCCAGCCCAUGAAACCCGCCUCGUCGCCUCCACCACCACCGCCCACUCCACAGAGCGAGCCAAGGUAGCCAGAGAUAACAAAGCUCGGACGCGCCGGCAGCGCAGCAACCGCACGCCGUCGCCAUGGCCACGGCCUGCUCCUCCACCUCCCUCUCCGCCCCGUCCUUCCUCUCCCCGGCCCCAUCUCGCCCCCGCCCCCUCUUCCGCGCCCUCGCGGCCUCGGGCUCGGGCUCGGGCGGCGGCAAGAAGAAGUCCGGCAAGUCCAAGAACAGCAGCAGCAGCAGCAAGGGCAAGGGCAAAGACAAGGCGCUGGAGCCGCCGCCCGACGUGGUGGUCCGCCGCGCCCCGGCCGGGAGCGCGUCGGUGUUCGAGCAGCAGCGUACGGAGGCCGGGUUCAACCCCGGCGGCGACGGGAACCGGCCGACCGCGGAGGAGGUGCGCCAGCGGCAGGCCACCGAGAGCGCCUUCCUCUUCGCCUGGCUGGGCCUCGGCGGGAUCAUCCUCUUCCAGGGCCUCGCGCUCGCCGCCUCCGGUUUCCUGCCCACAGAAUGGGACAGCUUUUUAGUCAAGUACCUCUAUCCAUCGUUCACUCCGACAGUACUCCUGUUCCUUGGGGGUACGACUGGGUAUGGUGUCUUCAAGUACUUUGAAGGCGAGAAAAGCAAAGGCUAGAUACAUUUCAAUACAAAGCAUCUCGGAGCAGAAUUUGCUAACUUUGAGGGGUGGAGUUCCUUGUUACUGUGUGGUAAAGGCAUAUAGCGGCCCAGAAGUAGCUUAAGGCAGGAGAUGAGUCCCAGAGAGCUAGGCUGUUGCUGUAAAAGAAUUUAUCUUUUGGUCGCCAAUCCCGAAUCACUGAUGAUCUUCUUUGUAAAGGUGUUGGCCAUUGUAUAUUCAUGUAUGAACUGAGCUGUAUAAUGGUUCCUACGCAUUAGUCACCUGGCUGCCUGUACAUGUUACUCGUAUCGAACAUUUGUGCCCUGUACAGUGUGCAUGGAUUGCAUGUCCUGUUAGAAUGAUGCUAACUGAGUUUAGUUAUGGUUCUUUUCAUGAAGAAA